GCACAAUGUAAGAUGGCUGCGCCCAUUACACAGAGCCAACUGAAACGAACACUAUGAAAAGGUUUGCCAGCCCAUCACACUCGGAAGCCAAAAAGCUGAAAGCAAAUGACGAUGAUUUGCUUAGUCUUGCGCCAAGAGAGGUAAACAUUCUUCAGUAUGUGGAGAGCCAUGCAAAGGAAAUUCAUAAGCUUACUGAAGAGUUGCGGCCAAAGCCAUGUGGGGCACAGAUUUCCCAGAAACUACCGAAACACAUGCAGAGGAGGGCCAUGGGACAUGAUGUGAAGAGACUUCCUCGCAGUGUCAGAAGUCAGUUUACAAACAAGCCUGCUGAAAAAAAAAACAAAUGCCCGAGCAGACGACACCGAAGACGCCCAAAGAAUCUUCUGGUCGAGUACAAUCGCCGUCAGAGGAAACACGUGUGGUUGGAGACUCAUAUUUGGCAUGCCAAAAGGUUCCAUAUGGUGGAUAAAUGGAGUCAUAGGUUACCAUGGAAACCAACGCAGCGUGGAGAGAGGGCUUGCUACAGAGCUUCUGCUCAACACUGUCUUAUUCAGGAUGUGUCGUAUCUGUGCUGUAUUGAGUUGCAAGGAGACCAAAUCACCCUGCUAGAUGGCCUGUCCCAUCUUACAAGUUCCCAGGCUGGCCAGACAUUUUCCGCAGUAUCAUGCCUAUCAGGGACAAGGGAAGGACAAACCAUGCUCUACCAUCAUGAUUCCUAUCCCUGGAAGGCCAUUGGUCCAGUUUCUUUUACAUGGAACCCAUCUCAGCCAAUCACAGUGCAGAAUGAAAAUGAGUCUUCAUCCCAACCCUUGGCAAUACAAACUGCCAAUGGAUUGACCAAUCAUAGACAGUUGUGGCUGUGGUGCCAUCCAGCAUGUUUUGAUGAAGUUUGGUUAGAACUUGUGAAGAGCUUCAGCUUAACCGAAAAGUUAAUGACAAAACAAAACAGUGCUUCAAAUGAUAUGAAAGUUGACCAAGAGGAGACAGCAAAAGAGACAGAAAAUGAAGGCAUUAAUCCAGCAGUGUGUGACAAGUUUAAAGCUGACAUAGGUGCCGAAAACAAAGAAAGCAAUGUAAAAAUGAAGUCACUGAGUGGUUCUAUCAAUAGGUUCAGAUUAACUGGACCAGAAUCUGUAGCAAUUUUAAUGGACAUUUUGCAACCAGCAAAAGUCAUGACCAGUGAAGAAAAAAAGGUUGGCAAACAGUGGUGGGGAGAAUACUACACAGAUAAAGGUAGAAUUCUGGAAUUCGAGGAGCAAUGUAUGUUUUUCAAGAUCGCGAGUCAAUGUUUAUCACCAGGGGAGCUACAACCUCAUAGUGUAGUUGCCAUGACAACCAGGGAUCCAAGGCUGACAAGACCUGAGCAAAGGACUAAGGUGGUUGCUGAUGAAGGCAAUAUCAGCAGUGACCAGUCCGCGGUACAAACCAAGGUUAAGUGUUCAGUCUCCUCUUCGCCAUUAUGGUCCACUGAGGUCAGGGAGAAAGUUUUAGCAGGGAAACACACAGAUGCCGAGAUACACAGCUUCAAGGCUGAUCAGAUAGUUAGAGGCCAGCCUCUUGAACUUGGAGUAGAAGAGUCUGCAAUACCAGUUAUCCUUAUUCAGCGACCUGGCAACACUUUUACCCCUAGCAAUAAAGGUCAUCUCCAUGGCAACAAUGGAAGUAAAGAUGUUGCUAUUGGUUUUGGAAGUGGUUUUGACAUCCUUUUUCCUAAAGGCUGGGCAAUGCCUUUCUGGCUGGGUUUGGUGUACCGAGGAGCGAGAUGUGGAGGUUUGAGUGAACUUGAGGGUCAGGCUCAUGAGGGGAGAGAACUUAUGUUCCCUAAUUGCCUACCAGAUACUCAGGCUGGUAGGGAAUGGGAGUCAAGUCAGGAAAAAGAGUUAGUAAGGAAAUAUAACCGGAUUCCACCGGGAAAGAGGCCUAACUACACCAAGUUGAAUGUCUUGUCACCUUUUAGAUGCCCCUGGGAGAUCUUGGUGAAUCAGGCCAAUGGGGAUAGAUUAAAAUUGAAUGGAGUAAAUGAAGAAAUGAAUGGUGAUUUGAAAAACGGAGAAUGUAUGAAGCAAGGUGAUGGUGAUGUAACAAAAGGUGUUCAGGAAUUUGAUGGUAACUUCUUUGUGGUGAGGUCUUUACAGACUUUGAGGCGGUUUAAGAAGAUCUGCAGUGGAGGCCUUGGCACCAGUAAGGCAUUUGAUCAAGAAUUAGUAUCUUUCUCUGAUGAUCAAAAAUUAGGAAUUGUUCCUGUGACUUUAUCCAUGGUUCAUAGAGGCUGUCCUGUCCAGUUUGCCAAAAUUUGUCUUCCUAGUUUGCAGGAUUUGCAACAGUUACAAAAGGACAAAUCUUUCGGAGGUCCCCUGGAACCAGCUAGGGUGGACCCCUUGGAGCAACAAAGAAAUGAGUUGAAGAGAGAACUUAAAAAGAAGGGAGUGAAAAAGGCAGUGAAAGUAGACAGAACUGUGACAGUGUUGGCAGAAACAGAUGGGGAGAAGAUUGAAAAAGGGAGAAGGGAGGUAAUUGGUUAUGUCUGCCAGGGAGGGUUUUCUCUAGGCACGGGGAAUGGGGGUGGUCUAGGGUACAUUGCUGCUGCAGUGUUUAAGAAGUUGUUGGAUCAGGCAGCAGACAGGAAGGGACCACUGGUUUUGAUCAGGAAUCCUACAUCUCUACAGUACCGCUUUGCAAGCUUGUCUGUCAUUGUUUAGAUAAUUUUACAUCAAAGAUACAAUGAUAUUGACUUGUACACAUUUUAAACAUUAUGGUUGAAAUUGACUUUAUGCAAUGAAAUUGCCAUUGGCAUACAGUACACUCCUGUAUGUAUUAUGAAAUGAUUUUGGUUGUUAGCCUUAUUGUUAUUGGAAAAACCUGUGACGCAUAUGUUGUUUAUACUACAUAAUUAAAUUCUAAUAAAGAUUCAUUAUUUUAUA